GAAUUGUUGACGAAGUUAGUGCUUUAGAUCGAGGUGUUGAAGGUAUUUGGCCUAUUAAAGCUAAAAUAUCUACUAGUACAAUGAGUCUAAAUAAUGUUAAAAGUCGUGGUUUAUCUGUUGAAGUUCAUGGUCUAUUAGUAGAAUCACAAAAUACAACAAUAUUACUAGUAGAAUCAAGAACAAAAAUAGACACGUUUCAUCCUAUUAUUGAAGUUGAGCAAGUAGAGGUAGAUUCUGAAGAUUCUGAUAAUAUUAUAUUAACUGAAUAUGAUAUAGACAAUAACAACACCAGCGAAUUUUCAGCACAAGAAAAUCUGUCUAUUGAUGACAAUGAUUUUUUAAAUAUAUUCGAGAAUUAUUCACAUCCUAUUUUUGAUUUUGAUACACCUG